CAAAAGAGGGAGCUCUGGGAUGUGAAGGGAAAGGAGACAGUAGCCAUCCACCCAGCUGUGAUUUCUCCAUGAAUCUCUUCUGACAAAGAAAUCUAGAGGAGAAGGUGAAAGAAGAAGAAAUGGCCAGUUCUCAGGGACUGCUGACAUUCAGGGAUGUGGCCAUAGAGUUCUCCCAGGAGGAGUGGGGAUGCCUGAACCACACUCAGCGGGAACUGUACAGGGAUGUGAUGUUAGAGAACUACGGACACCUCCUCUUCCUGGGUCUUAUUGUGUGGAAGCCAGACCUGGUCAUCUUUUUGGAGCAAGAGAAGCAGCUCUGGGAUGUGAAGAGAAAGGAGACAGUAGCCUUCCAUCCAGCUGUAUCUUCAAAUGGCACCCAGAAUUUCCUGCCAAAGCUGUGCAUAGAAGCUUCUUUCCAAAACGUGGCAGUGGGUAGAUAUAAGCAUAGUGCCCUUGAGGAUUUACACUUAAUGAUAGACUGGAAAAAUGAUGGGGAGAGUAAAGGGCAUGAAAGAUAUCAUGAAGGACAUAUCCAAACUGAGACAACUGUCCAUAAUAUGAAUCUCACUGCCCAAAAUGAUGAAGGAUAUAAAACGCUUUGGAAAACAUCCCUUCUUAAUCCUGCUUCUUCUGCAAAGCAGUUUGUGUCUGUAAGCAAGGGCUUAAAUCAAAUGGUCAAACAUACAUAUCUGGAGAACGAAAAUUUGGAAAAUCUGGAAAGUUAUCUAGUUCAUGCUGAAAAUAAUUAUUUGAACCAUUUUGAAAGUAGGAUUGGAUUGACAUUUGAGUCAAAUAUUUCUGAAAAUCAGAGAUUUAAAAAUGAAGAACAAAGUGCUAUGUGGGAUCCAUUUGAGAGGUCCUUCACCGGGGAGUUGACUCUACAAAAUUACCAGAACAUAUUCAAUGAAAACAGAAUUGCUCAAUGUAGCGAAUCUGCAAGAAAAUUUAACCAGUGUUCAAAUGUUUAUAAACCUGUGAGGACUCAUUUCCCAGAGAACCAUUUUAAUUUUGAUAAAUUUGAGGAAGUGUUUUAUCAAAGCUCCAACCUUAUUAUAUAUAAGAGUAUCCCUUUGGGAGAGAAUCCUUAUAAAUAUAAUGAAUAUGGGAAAUCCGUUAACCAGUCCUCCAAUGUUGGUGAUUAUCAGAGAAUUCACAUGGAAAAAAACUCAUACAGAUGUAAUAAACCUGGGAACAUGUUUAGCCAAGCAUCAGGACUAAACAUACAUAACACAGUCGCUACUGGACAGAAAACUUAUAUUUGUGAAGAAUGUGGCAAAGCCUUUGACUGGCACUCAACACUAUCUCAACAUCAACCAAUGCAUAUUGGAGAGAAACCUUACCAAUGUAAAGAAUGUGGCAAGUCCUUUAACCAGCUCUCAAUGCUUACUCGACAUCAAAGAAUUCAUACUGGAGAGAAACCUUACCAAUGUGAAGAAUGUGGCAAGGCCUUUAACCAGCACUCAAACCUUACUCAGCAUCACAGAAUUCAUACUGGAGAGAAACCAUACAAAUGUAAAGAAUGUGGCCAGGCCUUUAACCAUCACUCAAGCCUUACUCAACAUCACAGAAUUCACAGUGGUGAAAAACCUUACAUAUGUAAAGAAUGUGGCAAGGCCUUUAACCUGCAUUCAAACCUUACUCAACAUCACAGAAUUCAUACUGGAGAGAAACCUUACAUAUGUAAAGAAUGUGGCAAGGCCUUUAACCGGCACUCAUACCUUAUUCGACAUCACAGAAUUCAUACUGGAGAGAGACCUUACCAAUGUAAAGAAUGUGGCAAGGCCUUUAACCAGCACUCAAAGCUUACUGAACAUCACAGAAUUCAUACUGGAGAGAGACCUUUCGUAUGCAAAGAAUGUGGAAAGGCCUUUAACCGGCACUCACACCUGACUCGACAUCACAGAAUUCAUACUGGAGAGAGACCUUACAUAUGUAAGGAAUGUGGCCAUGCCUUUAUCCAGCACUCACACCUGCGUCAACAUCACAGAACUCAUACUUGAUGAUGGAAACCUUACCUAAGUAAAGAAUGUGGGAAAGCCUUUAAUCACUGUUCAACCUUUACUCAUUACCACAGAAUUCAUAGUGGAACAAACAUUACAAAUGUAAAAGAAUGUGAGAAAACAUUUAAAGACUACUCACCCCUUACUCCACAUCAGAGAAUUCAUAGUGGAGAGGAACCAUAAAAUUGUUAAGAAUGUGGCAAGGCCUUUAAGCAAUGUUAAACCCUGAUUCCUGAUCAGAGAAUGUAUGCUGGAGUGGAUUUUGCAAAUACAAAGAAUUUGGCAUGGUCUUUCAUAAGAGGUCAGGCCUCAUUCAACAUCACAGAAUUCAUACGGGGGAAAAAGUUAUAAAUGUAAAGAACAUGGGGAAACUUUUAAACUGCUCAACCCUUGUCUGUAUCUCAGAGUUUAUACCGAGGAGAAAGAGUGGUCGCUUCGGCAGCACGUAUGCUGAGGAGAAAGAUUAUAAUAUAAGGAGUGUCGCAAGCCUCUAGCUGGAAUUCACAAAUUGCUCAACAUCAUAAUUAUCAUACAGGAUAGAAACUGUUAAAUUCAGACAAAGUUGCAGUGCCUUUAACUGGAAUUCAGUCACUCAGUAUUCCAAAAUGCAUCCUAGAUUCAAACCCUAGAAACAUAAUGAAUGAGGAAAGACCUUCAUUUUAAAUAUUCACUGUAGCAAACACCAGAGAAUACAUAAAUGAAAGCAACUUGAAAGAUGUAAAUAUUUAGAAAUGUAUGUAAGUGAACAUCGAAUGUCAAUAAAUAUCACAGAAAUCAAGUAGAAGGCAGUAUAGGAAUUAAUCUAUUCAGAUGUUACAUAAAAAUAUUCCUUAUAAGGAAUAAUAUAAAGUUAAACACUUAGUGUAUGUGCUAUUAUGCUUCAAAGGUUUAAGUGGAUGGAUUUUUACAUUAGUAUAAUUAAUUUCAGUAUGUGCUUUUUUUUUCAUUUGUCCUAUCUGGGAUUUGUGACUAGCAAAUAUUAAUGUAUUUGUACUCUCAAAUCAUUUCAUGAAAUUCAUUUAUUCCUAGUGCGUGUGUUGCUGUAUCAAAGAUAUGAGAUGCCCUUCUUCAUUUGUUGGGACUCACAUAUCUAAUUGUCCAUGGAAGAAGAAGUACAAUAUAAUAUACAAUAUAUGAAGAAAAUCUAAAUGGAGAUGAUGUUUGCGGUUAUAACAUUAAUGUCAAUUAUCAUGAAAGAGGUGUUCAGAAAAACAUUCUUUUAAUAAAGCUAAAGAACUUCCUGGA